CAUGCCUAAAAAAUUCACUCUGCUGGCGAGCGAGUGGGGCCGGUCGACCAACGUCUAGGCUAAUUUCCUCGAUUUACUGUCCGUGAAAUGAUCAUGAAUACGUACAGCAGAAGUCAGAACAGUUCGUCGUUAGAAAACAGCAAAGCCAGUAGCGUGUCAAUAAGUUUGCGGUGCAGGGACUGGAUCAAGGGUGGAAGUCACUAGAACGACGAGAAAUUUUCAAAAUGGCGGUGGGAGUCACGACUAUUCUAAGGGUUGAUCAACUCUGAAGAGAAACAUUGUCAAAAGUCAUAGGACAAAACAGAUUCGCCGUUAAAUUAGGCCAAAGUUCUUUCCUGGAACAAGAAACGUCAUGUUACAAGCAAGCCGUCUGUGCCUUUUCUGUUAAUACAUGCAGAGUAUAGUUUUGGAGGUGUGCAACAGCCAUGGGGAUGGGGUUAGGUUGGAAUGAAAGUGGAUCAAUACAACGAUUUCUAUUAAGAGGAUCUCCAACAUGAAUAGAGGGGACAGCAGAAGAGAGGAGAGGAGAAGCAGAUCCAACAGCCAACCCGAAGCAACAGAUAACGUACCUGACCCUGAUGCUCACAAAGAUAGAGAGGACAGCAAAAAAAGAAAAAGAAAGAACAGAAGCAGAUCCAACAGCCAACCUGAAGCAACAGAUGAUGUACGGGGACCCUGGUGUUCCCAAAGCUAGAGAGGGCAGUAGGAAAGCAAAGAAAAGAAGCAGAUCCAACAGCCAACCUGAAGCAACAGAUGAUGUACGGAACCCUGAUGUUCCCAAAGCUAGAGAGGACAGUAGGAAAGGAAAGAAAAGAAGCAGAUCCAACAGCCAACCUGAAGCAAGAGAUGACUUACAUGACCCUGAUGCUCACAAAGAUAGAGUGGACAGUAGGAAAGGAAAGAAAAGAAGCAGAUCCAACAGCCAACCUGAAGCAAGAGAUAACGUACCUGACCCUGAUGUUCCCAAAGAUAGAGAGGACAGCAAAAAAGGAAAGAAGAGAAGCAGAUCCAACAGCCAACGUGAAGCAAAAGAUGAUGUACGGGACCCUGGUGUUCCAAAAGAUAGAGGGGACAGCAGGAAAGGAAAGAAAAGAAGCAGAUCCAACAGCCAACCUGAAGCAACAGAUGAUGUACAGCACCCGGAAACCCACAAAGCUAGAGAGGACAGCAGGAGAGGAAAGAAAAGAAGCAGAUCCAACAGCCAACCUGAAGCAAGAGAUGAUGUACGGGACCCUGAUGUUCCCAAAGAUAGAGGGGACAGCAGGAAAGGAAAGAAAAGAAGCAGAUCCGACAGCCAACCUGAAACAACAGAUGAUGUACAGCACCCGGAAAUCCACAAAGCUAGAGGGGACAGCAGGAAAGGGAAGAGGAGACGCAGAUCCAACAGCCAACGUGAAGCAACAGAUGACUUACAUGACCGUGAUGCUCGCAAAGAUAGAGAGGACAGCAGGAGAGGAAAGAAAAGAAGCAGAUCCAACAGCCAACCUGAAGCAACAGGGAUAUUGGAUGACAUUACUCUGUGGAUGUUAGCUGGAAAGUUUAGGUCGAAAGAUUUGCCAUUACUGGCUUCAAAGUUUGGCAUCGACUAUGCAGAAGUCACACACUUAGAGGCCGACCAUUGCAGAGAUGUUCAUCGUCAAAUAUAUGAAGUGUUUAUCAAGUGGAGAUGCAAUCAACCAGUUAAUGUCAAUCAGAGAGAAUCUUCCUGCAAAUUAUUGACAGAAAUGGGGUAUGCCGAGGUUGCUGAUGAGCUGAUGAAUAAAUGCCCUAUAGGAUCUGAUGUUCAAUAUGGAGCUACUGCUAGGAAGUGGAAAGAGAGAUUGCAGAAGAAAUACUUGAACGAAGCUCACUAAACCCACACAUGCUCUGGGCUGCAGAAAAGAUCUAAUCACUUUCUCAACUCCUGACGCAAUGGCUGAUUCAGAUGACUGGGAGAGCAGAAUAAGAAAGAGGAGAAGGAGUUCAUCCAGCAAAGUUGGAGCAGGAGUAGAGUUAGAUGAUUGCAGUCUGUACAGGAUAUCUGAACAGAUUCGUGGGAGUGAAUGGAAGGAACUGGCUAUAAGGCUUGGCUUCAGCUUUGCAGAAAUCACGCAUAUUCAAGCUGAUUACCACCACCAUACUGUACGGUGCAUUUUCUGCCUGCUGGUCACAUGGAGAAACAAGCAAUCUGAUGACAUCAAUCAGGCAGAAGCUCUCUGCAAGGCAUUGAAGGAGAUCGGGAGCGUCCAAGUUGCUGAUAAGCUAAUUGAGUACACAGCCCCUGAAGUCCAAGUUCAAGCUGCUGCUAAUAAGGUUAAAGAGAAACUGGCAACGCACUACAAGACAAUUGGUAGCUAUUUACAGUUGAGUCCAUGGGUUGAUGAUGACAGAAAACACAUCUUAGACAUUUAUUCCAAAUCACAGUUGAAUUUAGGGGGGAGAACAGGAUGCAGGACUAUACUUGUACAUUAUGAGGACAUUUUUCUCCUUAAAACAGAAGAGGAUGAACAGAUCUCAAUAGGUGUUUUGACUGGAUUGGCUGGCAGUGGCAAAACCACGCUUUUCAAUAAGAUUGCAUUUGAUUGGGCAGUUGGCUCCAAGCAGGUACUACUGAAGUACGAACUGGUCUUCCUUUUGAAAAUGUGUUACUUAACGCAGAGUUCAGAUCUGACUGAUGCAGUUUUUGACCAACUCUUGGCUGCAAAUACGGAUGCCGAAAAAACUGUUCUGUGGCAAUAUAUUGAAAGGAAUUCAUGCAAAGUCCUUAUUCUCUUGGAUGGCUUUGAUGAGAUGAACACCACCCCCCUCAGUAAAUCCUCAUUCGGUUCCAUACUGAAAAUCCUGGGUAGAAAGUUGUGUAGAGGUUGCACUGUACUUGUCAGCACCCGCCCCUCACACUUUCACAGAUUGGUUGCAAAGGAACUGGUUCAAGAACCGUUCACGCAUGUCCGGGUGAGGGGGUUUGAUGAAGACAGCAUUGAAGAGUAUGUGGAGAAAUUUUACUCUGAUCAACCCCUCAAGGCUAAGGGGCUUCUGGAAAGGAUUCAGUCGUCUAAACUUCUAUCUGCGUUGGCAGAGGGUCCAAUGCUGCUUCUUUUGAUGUGUCUACUGUGGAGAGAAGGUUUGGCACUCCCAGAAACAAUAUCAAGGCUUUAUCACAGAGCAGUUGAAUACAUUGGCUGGAGAAAAGAGGUUUCAAAAGAAGAAAUGUCCAGAGUUGUGAUUACACUUGGCAAAGUUGCUUUGCAUGGUCUUCUUUCUCCUCAUCAGGUGUUGUCUUUUGAAAAAAAUGACUUCGAGCCGUGUGCGCUUGAUGUAUCUUUAAAGAUAGGUAUUGUGACCAGAAUAAGAGUCUGUGAGAGGCUAAUCCCUUACGAGAGAAUACAGUUUAUUCAUAGGACAUUCCAGGAAUUCUGUGCUGCCGUAUACUUCCAAAGCCUGUUUGGAGCAGAAAGAGAGAGAUUUAGGCAGACUUUGAAUGAAAUUAUGUCUGUUGACAAAGGGAGUUUUCAGUACCUCCUGUGCUUUUGUUGUGGUGACAAUGAGGCAUGUACAUUGGAGAUACUGAAGGUAUUUCAGGAGAGAUGUAAGGAUUUAUCAUUCGACAGUGAGUCAGGUCAGUUGGCACUUCGUUGCUAUUUCGAGGGUCAGUGCAAAAUUUUGCCUCCCAAGGAAUUUGUGAGUUCAUUUGUUACUGAUAGCAUUUUCCUCACAGGACUGGAUAGUGAUAGUUCCUCAUCAGUUGCAUACUUUUUGAAAUGCAUGGCAGAACAGACAGGUGGCAGAGACGGCGAUUACCUUGCAAAGGUAAAGAUGCUGAGUACUGCGCGCUGUGACUUAACAAGAUGUAUCAGAGGUUUAGCCUUCUCCGUGAGUGCAAUGACAAAUCUUCGUCACGCAACCUUCUGUGAGUGCUUGACUGGUGAAUGUGUGUCAUGUCUUGCUGUAUCGCUCAGAACCCUAACCAAGCUGGUUACGUUGGAGCUUUCUCACAACAACCUGCGCUGUACAGCGUUCUCAUGGUGCCCCCAGUUGAAGCUUCUCAAGACGCUGAAACAGCUUGACUUAAAAAGUUGCUCACUGGAUGGACAGGAUGUGGUACACGUUGCCGAGGCAAUUAGUGAUCUUCCCAGCUUGGUUACAUUGAAUUUUUCCGGGAAUAACCUGACUGGUACAGCAGAAUUAUGGUGCAAGGAGGUAAGGUGGUGUAAAACCCUGCAGAGGUUGCAGUUGAGUAGCUGCUCAUUGAAUGGACAGGACAUGGGACAUAUUGCCGAGUUGCUCAGCAGUCUUCCCAACUUGGUUGAAUUGAACCUGUUCGGUAAUAACCUGGGUGGCACAGCACGAUGCUGGUGCAGUCACAUGAGGAACUUCAAAACCCUGCAGAGAUUGCAGUUGAGUAGCUGCUCACUGAAUGGACAGGACAUGGUACAUGUUGCUGAGUCGGCCGGUGCUCUACCUAACCUGGUGGCGUUGAAUCUCUCUGAGAAUAACCUGGCAGGUAGAGCUGCUUUAUUGUGCAGGCAUGUGAAAGAUUGCAAGGCUUUGCAGAAACUGGACCUUGAUGGCUGUAAGCUGACCAGGGAAGAUAAGAGACACAUCAGAAAGUCUCUGAGUGACCUCAAGGCGAAUGGACUGGUCGUCAAGAUGCAUUUCUUGAUUUAAAUGAAUUGAUAUGAGUACGUUGAGUCUUACAUACAUGCAUGGUACUAUUUGGUCUGUGAAUUAAUUUCAUCAAUAUUCUGUGGAAAGUGAAACAAAACAUCAACCAUGGAGGCAUCCUCUGAAGCCAAGGGCUUAUACGGAGAUGUCCUCACAAAAUCAAACCGAAACAAUUACAGAGACUAACAAUUGGACAAACACUAGGACAGUAUACAUGUACAUAGGAUGAAGGCAGUCACUGAGGGAUUUCAAAAAAAAGAGGUGAAAUCAUAAAUGAUUAACUGAUGCAAUAACCGGUAGUCAACAGCUUCGGCUAGAGAUAAAUUUUGACGUAAAAAUGUAAUUCAAAACAGAAAUAAAGAUGAACAGGAGGAUAGCUGACAUGAAAAUUUGUUUGAAAAAAGUACAAAGAUAAAACAGUGAGGAGCAAGAAAGUACCCCACCCCCGGUAGUUAUCAGACAGGGUAAAUAAGCAACAAAUUUGUUAUAAUUGCAUGUGAAAUGAGGUAAUCCAAACAGUUGAAUGGCAGAGAGUAUGUGAAGAAAAUAAAUUGCAGAUAAGUCAUGAGACAGUAAACAAAUAUAUCUUUUACAUGUACCGAUACUUUGGUGGCUGUUUGUGUACUCGUUACCCAGCCACCUUAUCCAAUUAAAAAAACCAGUCUCUGAUCACGUGGGCACGUAGACUUUAUUUCAUCUGGAAAUACAUGCGCAUGUGCAAAAGGCUGAUCAAUCCCUGGCCACGUCUUUGUCAGUGGAAGUGUGCAAGGGUUGGUCUCGGUCUUGAAAGUGCUGGUCUCGGACGUCAAAGUCUCAGGUCUCCCCCUUGAUACCUGUUCAGUCUUGAAAGUCCAGUUCUCGGUCUUGAGACAAAAAAGGUCUCGAGACUGUUUCCAGACCGAGACCUGGUCUCGAGACCUACAACACUGCUAUACAUGCAGAUCACCAAAAAAUUCACGCAGUCUCAACCAGAUGUUUCUGAAUUCGGUGUUUGGCAUCUCAGCUGUUGAGCUGCCCAUUCUCUGUUAUCGCACACUAGAAGUUCUCUUCUGGAGAUAUUGUAUUCUUAACAAAUCCAGCCUUCUUGAAGCAGUUCACGAUGGUCUCUGGCUGUUUUUCUGUGUGAUGACAUCCAAAAUGUCCUAGUAUCAUUCUCGAUGGCCUCAAAAUGUCCUGUUGCUGAGAUCAGUCGGUAGAAAUAUUUCCUGUACGCCAGAAUCCAUGGGUUGAGUGUGUCUCGUGGUAUUUGGUGGCUGGAAGACCAGUUCAUUGUUCGCAAGGUCUACAUGAGAAUGCGCUGGGCAGUUAUCAACAACCUUGGUUAGCUUCCAUCCCUCAAGGUACAUCUUUCUGUCAAGCUUACGCAGCCAGGCUUUAAACAGAUCUCUCAUCAUCCAGGCUUUUUUGUUUGCCACGGAGUCAACUGGAACUUCUGUCGUCUUGAGUGCUCUAGGCUUCUUACUUUUGCCAAUUACAAAAGUGGGUAGCUUAUUGGCGCCCGUCAUAUUGCCGGCAACCAGCACAGUAAUUCUCGACUUUGGCUGUUCAGUACCGUGGUGCAACUGUCCCGCCAUCCAACCUCGGCCCAUCUUGUCAACAGUGUAGAUGCAUUGUAGCAGCAUAUGUUUGGAGGCUUUCUUGCCAGUUUUCCUUCUUUCCAUUCAUGUACCGUACAACUUUCAUAUCAACACCUCCAGACUUGCCUGACAUUUGUACACGGACAAUUCCCUCUUACCAGUUGUACUGUGCAUUGACUGAUCGACAAUGGAUUCAAGGCAACUUUUGACAUAGACUUAAGACUUUUUUGAACACUCUUUAUAUAAGCUUUGAUUCAACCAUUUGUAAAAUUCACACAAUUAUUAUAUUUGUAUAAUGCUACAUGAUGAUGAUGUGAUAGUAAUGAACACUUUGUUUAUGUAAUGUAUUACUGUAUUUAUACAAAAUGUAAAUACAUACAACGAUGCAUUGUUCACAAACGCGUAAUUAGUAUUCUUUUAAAUCUGUACAUAAACUGAAAGGAAGGCAGGUGUGAGAACAGAAGAUUUUAGUCAACUCAAGAAGCUAUCUGAGGAAACGCAAUACAUGUACAUGUCCAUUAGUGCCAAUAGUUGACAGACAAAAUAGAGUACCGUAGUGAAUACGUCACGCCCACAAUUAGUGUGUAAAAGGCAUUAGCCAGAGAACCAGCGUGUGAACCAACAGGGGCGUGUACUCCAUUCGUUUGCAUUGCACUUCCUGGCUCACAUUGACGUCACACUUCGGUACUCUCUGUCAUCUACAUUGGUAUGUAAGGAAACGUUAAUAUGUUACCCGAGGUUUACUGUUUAUAUACAUGAAUUGAAAUUAUGUGAAAACAGACUAAAUGACAUAAGACAGUUUAACAGAGACAUACGAAUAGCUGAGAAAAGUCCAAGAGAAUCCAAGAAACAAAGAACGAAAUCAGCUACAUACCGACAAACAAGCAGAACGUAAGAGUAAUACAUGUUUAUACUUUUAAUAAUGUACAUGUUUGUUGUAUUACGUGUACUUUGUAAUGACGUACUUGCAAAAUGUGACCCUCCAUCCCCAAACCAAGCUGAAGUUGGCUUUUAUGAUGUUGUUCAGCUUUUAUUUUACACUUCAGAGUGUUGUUACAUGUAAAUUCUGUUUGCAGAAAUUCCCAUGAAAAUUGGAACAGUGGAAGUUCCACAAUUUCAGGGUUGUGAAGUAACCGGUGCCUGCUGGUGCUGCAGGUUUGAGGAUGAUAGGUCACAAAUAUGAAGGCAUACAACUCCAACUUGAUUGUGCACGUGCUUGGUGUACUCUUGAAAAUGUGUACUUGUAAACCGAAAUAAAGCUCAAAGGUGGGAUAACUCAAAAUAUCUGAGAAUACCCCUAAUGUAGAUCCAUCAGGAUCAACGGCUUACAGAACAAAAUGUCAUCUACAUAAUAAUGUUUAAAGGCUGUGCUGUUUGAAGACAGAAGCGUUGCUGAAAUUUCUCUCAUCUCUCUCAUAAGGUUCCUGUAGAAACCAGGCAUUAGUCUGAUCUUCAGUUUGUCGGUGUAAAGCCACCAUUCUUUUUGCACACUCUUCACUUCUAAUACACGUUUACAAAACUGUUUGAAGCUUGCCUUAUAGAAUUUUGAAGUUUGGCAUCAUCUAUGAUGUAAUGCUUUAUUAGAUCACUGGUAGAUAACCCGUGCAUUCAGUCGUUACUGAGAAGUCCAACAAAGAAUUGGUCUUGAGAGAACUGAUGAAUAUAUCUGUUGUUGGCAUCAAUACAUGCAUACAUGUACAUGUGCACAUAAAUGUUUGCUCCCUAUCUAAUGUCUAAAGAGUGAUUUGAGAACAUGUAUUUGGUUAUUGGGUUUUCAACAGCACUGUAAAACGUACAUGUAACCCCGGGUUUUUUUAUAGAACAGAAAUGCAUGAUUGUAGUGGAUAAGAAUAGUUUAAUCUGUAUUGAUUUUGUUGAUGGCAGGUGAAGACUUGGUGAAUUUGUGCCUGAAUUUUUUGGGGGGGGGGUUGAGGUUGGGAUGACUUGCCUGACCUUAGAAAUUCAAAAACCUGGGUUUGGAUGCUGAUGGCGUGUGACAUUGUAUGGCAGGCAGAGUUCAUGACUUACAUGUAGAUCUGGAGUAUGUAUUACAUACAUGUACAUGCAGACCCUGACAUCAGGACAGCGUACAUGUAUCUUUAUGACUUUCAUAAUUGUUCAUGAUCUGUUUUCAGUUUUUUCUCACCACACAAAAGUGGGGUCGGGAUGAUUCAGUAGCCCAACCCACAGGUCCAAAAGUGUGUGUGGGGAUAAAUAAACACUCUCCCCCCCUCGCCUGGGAUUCAUGACUGUGUGCCCAAUUAAAACACCGACCCAAGUAAUAAUUCCUCUCCUCAUGUUGAGUUUGUACUUAAUUGGGCACUGAUAAAGCCAGGGUUUGGUUUGAUAUUAUUUCUUAAAGCAUGUUGACACAUGAUUAGUUGUGUAGGGGGAAUGUGUGUGUGGUAUAAUUAUAAUGUGUUAUUGUUUCUGUCAUGCCUGUUGACAAUAAUACCUUUGUAUGGAAUGGCAGAAAAAUAGAGUGCUAAGGAUAAAUAGAGUGCGACGUUGAAAUCUGUGAUGUAGACUCUGUCACAUCAACAGCAAGAGUACAAUCGAUAAGUUAUCAAAAUCAUAACAAAUGAAAACGAAGGAAAAAGCUGAGGAAAUGGGGGACGCUUCUGAAGUGAAAACAACUGGACAGUAGAAACAAGAGCUGUUCAUGAGUUCCCUGUACUUGUUGCAUGCAAAGAUUUGUAUUAUCUCCAACAUGUUGAUGCUCAUGACAUUCGUGUGUUAGGAUGGGCACCUUCAGUACGAUUACAUCCACUAGUCAAAGGAAUGACAGAGGUCAACAUGUUCUUAUUCCGCCGUCGUAGCUUAAUGCAUUUGCUGAAACAAGUACAGAACCCCCCCCCCAAAAAAAAGCUCCACAAAGCUUGAAAAUUUGUCGUCAAGGAAACAUCUAGAUGACGAAAGUGAAGUGAAAUGAACUCAGAUCAAGAGGAACUGUUGGCUAUCGGUUUAGUUCUCGGGUAUUUAUUCAGAUUUGAUCAGAGUGAGAUUGCGGCACUCAUUUACAUGCCCCCCUGUCCAAAGACAAACAGUGAGAGGGCCUGUAAGAUUUAAUCUCACUGCAGCAUGGCACUGACAGGUCCAAACACCUUCGGAAAAGCCUACAUUUUUGUCUGGUUUUCUUGUUCCUCUACUGACUACAUUUUUCUUGUUUGUUUCUCUAUUUUAUUGUAUUUUUUGUGAUCAAAUAAAAUGUUUUUUAACCGAAGUGAUUACUUUUCUAUAACUGCGAAUGGUACAUAUGAUAAUUCAGAUACAUCACGAUUCAUUCAGUGCACAUCCGGCCAGGCUCAAGGACACUGUUUUACAGGAUAUGAAGGUGCGUCACAGUAGAACAUCGCAUCCUGGCAAAUUCAGAGUAACAGGG